AUGGUUGUAACGGCAGAAAUCGAUCAUGACGAUAAGGGCCCGAAAACUGUGGCGGCCCUGUGGAUGUUGACAUCUCUGACAUGUUUAAUGGCCGCCGCCCCUGUCCUCAUCCGGCUGAAGAUGUUCAGGGGUUUUGGUAUCGAUGACUACUUCAUUAUUGACGUCAUGGCGUUGGAUUUUGUGGUGAUGACGGCCUCGGUGAAGGCCGCCUUUGGGAAGCAUAUGUUUACUAUGAGAGAUCCUAUGGUUUACCAUCCAAAAGACAGCGGUGACGGCUACGCUCACAAGUCUUCCCAACCCUAG